GCCUUUUUAUUAUAUAUCCUCAGUUCUCCAUUUUUCAUAGUGGCGUUUUUUGUUAUAAAGAAAAUACUACAAAAUAUGAAGGGUGGGGGAGGCAGCCCCGGCCCCCUCCCUGGCGGCCACUUCAGUCCUUCCUCGGCUGCCUUUCCUGUCAGGGAAAAAGGUGGGGCAGAAACGGAGGAAUAAAAGAGGGUUCCGCGUGUCCUCUCCGGCGUGAGGCGGCCAGACCCGGAGCGGCGGCGCCUCCCUCCGACAGGCCCCGGGCGGCCGGGCGGCGCGGCUUCUCCUCGCUGAGGUCGAGCCCCGGGCGGAGGAAGGAGGAGGAGGAAAGGCCGCUUGCUACGUAUUGGUAUUCUUCCUUUUCCUUUUCCUUCUGCGCCUCUGCGAGGGCGGCGGGGGGAGCCGCGAAGGCGGCCGCAGAAGGGAGAGGAGGAGAGGCGGGUCGGGGCCUCUGCUUCUUCGCCGCCGCCGCCCUCCUCCUCCUCCUCAGCCCCGUCCCUCGCGGCGCCGGCGAGCGGUAGCGCCUCUGUCCCGGGCUGGGCAGGGCCGGCGGAGAGGGAGGCCGAGGAGGCGCGGCCGGCUGGCGGCUGGGCCGGGAGUCCCUCUGGGAGCCGGCCGCCCUUCCGCGGGAGUCGAGAGGGUCUCCGGGGAGGAGGAGCCCCUUUCUGGAUCCCGCACAUGCCCGAGGCAUCCCUGGAAGGCCAGUGGAAGAUGCGAAAAGGGCUCCGGGAUCCAGUCCCUCUUCCCUCCGGGCAGGCAGAGCAGCGAAGCCCAGAGGAAGAAAAGCAUUUUCCACAAUCCUAUCGUAAUUUCAAAACUUAACAGUCAACGUUUGUGAUUUAAAAGAAAAAACUGGUCCUAUUAGCCUUGUGAAAUGGAAGAGUAGGAUUAUAAACAUCAUAGUUUAAAGUUAUCUAAAAUAUCUAAAAGUUAAAAGAAUUUAUUUCUUUGUAACUAGCACACUUAAUACAAGAGACAAUUGGGCAAAUAAAGCAUAAUGCCCUUUUGGCACAGAAGGUAUUUAGGAUGAUUUUUUUUAGUACUGAGGACAUUAAUAUAAAUGUUCAAUCCUCUCUUUAUUUGAGAUGAUGUUCACUUUAAAAAAUUCAUAUGUAGAACAGUGGGUGCAUUGUCUUGUAUAAAACAUGGUACAUGUAUUCAAGAUUCCGCUUAAAAAUAUGUAAAUGUGAGUGACUUUUCUAUUUGUUAUAAUCUUGUCUCAUGUGUCUCUGUAUGUAGUCAAAUGUCCCCCCAUCAAAAAACACCACACACCCCGGGAUGUAAUUCAUAAUCACAAAUGACUCUUAAACUGGGUGUUUAAAAGUACACACCUGUAAAUGUCUACACAUAAGUAAAGCCCACCAAGUUCAAUGGGGCUUACCAUAUUUUUCGCUCCGUAAGACGCACCUGACCAUAAGAUGCACCUAGUUUUUAGAGGAGGAAAACAGGGAAAAAAAUAUUCUGAACGAAACAGUGGAUGUAUGAUUUUUGUGGUUCAUGCUGUAGCCAUGGACAUGCUAUGUGAUCUGAUGGUGAAUUUGGGGUAACCCAAUGCAAAAAUCCUGAGGAUCCAUGUGGAUCCGUGCUUUGUAACAAUGUUUUUGCACCAUUGUGGUCCCAAGAAACAGUGGAUGCAUGAUUUUUUUGGUGCAGGCUAUAGCCAUGGACGUGCUAUGUGAUCUGAUGGUGAAUUUGGGGUAACCCAAUGCAAAAAUCCUGAGGAUCCAUGUGCUUUUACCUUCCCCCUCCCAGGCAGCCUCCUUUAUCACUAGCCUCCCUUAUCUCCCUCAUGUUGCUUGCCGAUCAGCUGCUCAGCAGCUUAGCCGUUUGCUUUCAACAACCCCUUCCCUCUCGUUUGCCUUAGCGUCUUUUCCUUAGCUAGAGCAGUUUUUUGCUCCCCCUUUUCUUCUAAUUUCUCUCCUCAUUGCUUGUUUUAGUAUUCCUGUCUCCUCUCCUUGCAGGUUCGCUGUCUUUACCUCCCCGCCUCCCCUGGCAGCCUCCUUUACCCGCAGCCUUAUCUCCCUUCCGAUCGCUUGCCAAUCACAGCUUCGUUUCAAUACCCCCUUCCCUCUUUCUAAAGAAAAAAGAAAAAAAGAGCACGAUCUGUUUUUUGCCCCUGGGCAAUUCGGCUCCAGGCACCACACAUUCGUUCCAUAAGACACACAGACAUAGAACUAGUCUAAAUCUAGCAGGAACUUUUGACAAUACCCUGCUUGUCUUUGCAUGACUUUCAACAAGGCGCCAGCAGAAAGGCACUAACUUGAAGGUUGCGCCCCAGAGUUCACUUUACUUAGAAGUAAGCCCUGCUUCAGUCAGUGGCCCUUGCUCUUUGGGGUAAGCAUACAGCGGCAUGUGUGCUGAACAUUGGUUGAGGCAGGAGAGAAACCAGGGGAAAGCUUGGCUGUCUAGAUUAAGAAGCGCCUUGCCUGACACAUCAGCUGAAAGGCUGCUCUGGGGCAAGCAGGGGGAGCAGAGGGUGGGGAGUUAAAAAGCUGUGAUGUACACAGGCUGGGUUGUGUGUUGCCCUCUGAAUCCUAGCCAAAAUGCUCGAGUUCUAAAGUUUCAAGAAUUCUAAGCAGAAUCAGACUGCUUCACACAGGUUUGCUGCAUGUCAUGCAAAGCCAUACUAAAUGUGUGGUUUUCCAGAAAUGUAUUGAAUUGGAAAAUGAGCCAUGAAAGUAAAUGUCAUUCUUGAAUUGAGCAUCUUGAUUUUCACCUAUGAAGAGUGUUAAAGAUAGUGUUCUCAACACUUUAAAUUCUAAUAUUUCAAAGAAUUGGUCAGAAUAAUAAUUUGUGGAGUUAAUAAUCUCAUGAGCUUCCUGUGGAAUUUGUUUGGCAUAACUUCAUUUUCUUUGUGACAGGUUAUCAUGGAUUUUGGAACUGUUGGUGGCUAAAAAAUUGUCUUUAUUUUUAUCAAUUCAACAUUUGCAGACCUAAGGGGAGAUGUAGGGAGAUGCUUCCCUGCUGACUUGCUGUAGCCAGGUUGGGAGGUGAAACAAGUUUUUCUUCUUCUAAUGUGUGGAGGGUUUUUUUUAAGUCCCAGGAAAUUUAUCCAGGGAUUGUUGGGAGAGUGAGCAGGCUUUGGAACAAGCAGAUCCAAGUCCAUGCCAACACCCAGAGAGGAGGAGAAAUAAGCAUUCUGUUUUGUUCCUUUCCCAUCUCUCCUGGUCUCUUCUCCCUUUUCUUUCUUUCUGCUUCCCUGCCUUCCUUUCCAGUCACAGUGUUUUCUGAAUUUUGCCUGGAAAAUGAGAGAACUGAAAGAGGAAGGGGGAAGGAGACAGUGAGGGGGAAGGAAUGCAGAUGCUCCGUGGGUGCCACAUUGGGGGCACUAGGCCUAGAGGCAUGCCUUAAGCGAUGGGCACUAAGGAAGUGUAUGUAUUUGAGGGGUUCCCCGUGCCUUGUCUUUUAUUUAGGCCAUCGUCGUGGAUUGUUUCCCCCCUGCAGAGAUGCUUGUUCGUGUUUUUGCAGAUCUGGCCCAGCCCCAAGGUCACCAAAGCAGCAACAGUAGUCCCCUGGAGGAGGAGCUGAAGAACUGUUGGCAGUCACCCAAGGAGCUGGUUUCCGAAGCACCGAGGGCAAAGUUUCAAGAGUACGCCAUUCCUAACUCUACAAAAACUAGGAAUGUUGCUGUGGGAAGGGCAUGAGGGAUGCAAUGCAUAUUCAAAAUGUCUCCCAAAACCAAAUCAUGGGUGUUGCACAAUCACCUCUGAAGUAAGACCCUUGGUUGCAGGCGAGAGAGGCAAGAAUGCUUAAAAAAUGGUGUCUUUCCCCAACCAGUUCUCAGUGUGACAAAGACAAUGAACAUUAGGAAUAAUCUACGUUGUUAAUGUUGUUAUUUUAGACCAACUUUCAAUUUGAAGUUCACAGAACACCAGAAUAAUUGCAGUAAAAUAUCAGAGCCACAUUAAAUUUGUAAGAUUAUCAAGACGCACAAAACUUCAACAAGAUUUAAGCAGUGCAUGAUGCACAGCAAAUAGAACUGCUCAGCCAUCUUGAUGGUCAACUGAGGGCAAAUGGAGGAAGUAGGUCAGGGGUCAGCAACCUAAGGCCCAUGGGCUGGAAGUGGCCCACGGAGGUCGUUUGACCUUUCCCUGAGCCGCCCCCAAACUAAGUUGCCCACACACGCACUGCACUAAACCGGCGCAGCACGGUGUGGGGACUCGCUUCUGUGGCGCCCCGGAAAUCAUGUCUGUACAUGCAGAUGCUGCAAAUUGCAUCUGCGCAAACGUAGACGCAGGAAAUCGCAGGUACACGUGUGCACGCAGUCCGGCCCACGGAGGGAUCUUUGCGGGACCGAUGUGCCCCAGGCAAGUUAAACCUUCCAACCCCUGAAGUAGGUCUUCAGCAGCUCCUGACUAGAGUAGAUAUUAUGUGGGCUGUAUUAUCUCUUGGAAGUCCUUUUCAGUUUCAGUAGCACUUUAUAUUGUUUUGGAGAAUCUUUACUGAUUUUAAAUGUUCAGUUCAGCAUAAUUAGUUAUUAAUAUUUACUAGCUGCAUGGCCUAUUUCUUUCAGUUGAAUGGAAGACAGCGUAUUUAGACUAUGUCCAAACACUGACUGACCAAGCCUCUUUAGUUUCCACAUGGUUGACAAUUUUCUUGUAAAGUGCUUUGAGGUGGUUGGUUUUUUAUAAUCAAGCGGUAUAUAGAUUUUAUGAAAUAAAUCAAUAAUAUGCCUUUGCAGCAUACCCAUAGUUAUACCAACACACUCGUAAGAUUAUCUUGCUUUUCAGACUUGCCUGUCAAAGUGCCAAGGAAAUGGGGAGCAGCCUUGAGAGGAUUCCUGAAGGGAAAGGCCCUUACUCAGUUGGAUGCACAGAUCUUAUGACCGGCCACAGCAUUCAGGUAUCUGCAGCUGUUAAAUCAUCAGAUUUUCUUUUAGCACCCAAAGCAGCUUACGGUAAACAAAAUGAAGGUGAUCCAAAGUACAAGUUAAUAGAUUUAACAGCUAUAUAUGUAGAAUUAUGUAUAGUGCCCCCUUGUGGUCCAUAGACAAAACACAUCCAGUAACUACUUUAUGUAUAUUUAUCUACUUGCACUGGUGUGCUUUCGAACUGCUACCUUUACCUUUAUUUAUGCAGGCAGCGUUCAUGCUAGGCGUGUAAUGUGUAUAUGGGUCACUACUUCCAUGGGCACAUUUGUGCACCUUCAUCUACAUAUAAGCACUUUCAGUUUUAUGCCUCCAAAAUCUGUUUUGAUGUUUCCCAUUUGUGCUAGUGGGUAAUGAUGAGAUACAUUCAUGCCGUGUUUUGUUUCCUCCCCUCAAGUAGUACUUCCAGAAACCUGGUGUCCACGGUGGGCAUGCAUGUCAGUUAUUUGUUUACCCAUGCACAGGCAUCUUUCAUUAUACAGUCGUACCUUGAAAGUUGAACGGAAUCUGUUCCAGAAGUCCAUUCGACUUCCAAAAUGUUCAAAACCCAAAGCGUGCCUUCGGAUUGGCUGCAGGAAGCUCCUGCAGCCAAUUGGAAGCCCUGUCGGACGUUUGGCUUCCAAAAAUAGCUCGCAAACUGGAACAGUCACUUCUGGAUUUGCGACAUUCGGGAGCCAAAACGUUUGGGAACUAAGCUAUUUCAUUUCCAAGGUACAACUGUAUAUUUUUGAAAAUACAAUUUUUUUGAUAAAACAAGUUUGCACCAAAGUCAAAUGUAGUGUAAAAAUGUGUGUCAUAGAAUCAUAGAGUUGGAAGAGACCCCAAAGGGCAUCUAGUCCAACCCUCAGCAAUGCAGGAAUCUCAACUAGAGCAGGGAAGGACUUUAAGUUGCUGGCAUGGGAAGCUGGUACUUCUUUCCUCUGUUUUUCCUUUCCCACCUCCUGCAAGGGCAUUUCUUUUGAUAACGCUGUUUUGUGCAAGAGCAAUUCUGUGCAAAAGAGUUGUUUUAAAAAUAAAAAUACAGUGGUACCUUAGGUUACAUACACUUCAGGUUACAGACUCUUCAGGUUACAGACUCCACUAACCCAGAAAUAGUGCCUCGGGUUAAGAACUUUGCUUCAGGAUGAGAACAGAAAUCGCGUGGCAGUGGCACGGCGGCAGCAGGAGGCCCCAUUAGCUAAAGUGGUGCUUCAGGUUAAGAACAGUUUCAGGUUAAAAACGGACCUCCGGAAUGAAUUAAGUACGUAACCAGAGGUACCACUGUACUGUGAUGUGCCUUCAGCAACAACCAAUGGGAAAAAGCAGGCUGCAUCCUUUUCCUUGGGAAACAAAAUGGAAAUACGGAGGGUGGCGACAGAUGGCAGGCAUCCAGCAAAAAUGUCACCACACACACAUACAUAUAAACACCCACAGAAUGCCCUUCAGUACAUCCACUGCAUGCAGUUUUAUAGUGCAUUAUCGGAUUAUCCACAGAUUGGGAAAAAUCAGAAUUUAGAAAGGGGAGAAUGCAGUCUGCCAGUUGGAUGUGGAGAAGAUGGUGUGAUUACCACAAGAAUACGUAAAUAGAGACACAAGCAGCUUCAGAUCCCUAUUAUACUCCAGUGUGGAUGAACCUACAAAUAUUUUUAUGCUACCUUUUAGAUCAGAAAAGCCCUUCCAAAGUAGGUCAAAGAAAUAACGUAAGUACAAUUAAAAAAAAUAGAGAACACAUGUAUACAUUAUUAAAACAAACAGCCUCAUUACAUAACAAACCCAAACCAGCAAUCUACAACAAAUAUAAUAUAAAAUAAUACACAGCUGUAGCAGCUAAAAAUCUACCCCAACAUCACUAAUUUAAAGCAAAUUGGAAGCAAGUAUUUUUAAAAUCUAUUUGAAAACAGCUUAAGUGGGGGGCCAGACAAACAACACAUAUACCCUUGACUUUCAGCAUCCUAGCUAGCAAUAUUAAUUUUACUUCACAAGUACAUUUCCCCAUGUCAGUACGCAGCACCGACUCCUCCCAAACACUAUCUGCCAGGCUCUCUUGGCAACAGACAACAUGUGUAAGCGUUGUGCCAGACAGGCAAUCCACUGUGUGGUGAAUCGGUGCCUUCUGAGGAAAUAUUUCCCUCUUCUUCACAGUGAUGUUCUUCCACAAGACCCUCCCCUUGUCGUGGAGUGGGACCUCACCCACCCACCUUUCUGCCUCUUUUAGCUUUUCCAGGUUUGCCACCUUGGCCUCAAGGGAAUGAAAUUGUUCCUGGACACCCAGGAGCUCCUUCCACCUUGGGCACACCCAGGACUUCUGUCCAGACAUGACAGACGGUGCAAAACCCUGGAAAGCCCCCCACCCCUGCUGGCAUUUUACCUGCAUAAUUGUUUUUGUAAUUUAAGUCCUUUUAUUUAGAGUUGGGGGGUGGGGUUAGGUCAGGGAAAGGAGGGGCAGAGUGGUUUCCCCGGCUGCCUUGCCUUGCUGUCACACAUGUAAAACGGAAAACAAUGCAACACAUUAAAAUUCAUUGUAGUCACAUUUCAAAGGCAACCUCUCAGUUAACAAUGUAUACUUGGGGCCCCUCAGCUGAAGGGCCCCUUAAUUCUGCACAUAUUAUGCAUACCUUUAUAUCUGCCACUGCAUUCUUCUCUUUUAAAACUUUUGAAAGCAGCUUUGAAUAACUUGAUCUUCUUAUUCAUUGCUAGGGAAGUUUUUUGCGUCUCUAUUACCCAUCCCAAAUUGGUACAAGUGAUGAAGAAACAAUAUGGAUUCCCAAUAAAGAAUAUUAUUAUGGACUAUCUGAUUUUCUGAACAUAAAUCGGACAUUAGGAGGGUUCUUUUUCACAUGCAACUUUGGUAAGUUUUGAAGGACAUUUUUAAUACAGUUGGACUCAAUGAAGAGCAUGUUUUACUGGAUCCCUUGUGUUUCAGUUCCUUUCUUUCAAGUGAAUGCAUGCCAGGGAUUGAAACUGGGACAUUCUACAUGGCUUUACCCCUGAACUAUGGUCCCUUCUCAUGUCUUCUUCUGAGAAAAUCAUUUCAUGCAUUCAUUAACAUAUGUAAGGCCUGAGUUAUAAUUUCAUUUAUUUUGAUGACAUUGUUCUGAAAAUUCAUAUAAUAGUAUUCUUGUGAUCACCAUAUCUCCUAUCAGACGAGUUUGCUUAUUUCACUUAAUAUUUCGAACUUAACUGUAGGGCAGGUUCUUUUAUCUUUAAUUCCUUUCAGUGACUCCUGUCCUAGAUGCUAAACUCCAGACACAACAGGUUCAGUUGAUUUCCCCCCCUGUCCGAAAUGAAUUUGUGCAAGCUGCUACAGGCUCAAACAUGUAUGAGCUACUGUUUGGGGUGGUUGAGGAAGAGCAAUUUCAGGUGUGAAGUACUAUUUGCAUGAGAGCAACAAAUUGACAUUUCCCAAAUUCAUAAUACAAACACAUAUUCUAUUCAAUUUAGGCUCAGUGACAUGUCCUGCAAAAUGGAACGCUGCAUUCAAGCUUGGAGAAAAAUACCCCCUAAUUAUUUUCUCCCAUGGACUUGGAGCUUUCAGGUAGUGUUGCAUUUUGGUAGUAGAGUGUUUCCUAAUACAGUGGUACCUCAGGUUACAUACGCUUCAGGUUACAGACUCCGCUAACCCAGAAAUAGUGCUUCAGGUUAAGAACUUUGCUUCAGGAUGAGAACAGAAAUUGUGCGGCGGCAACAGGAGGCCCCAUUACCUAAAGUGGUGCUUCAGGUUAAGAACAGUUUCAGAUUAAGUACGGCCCUCCGGAAGGAAUUAAGUACUUAACCCGAGGUACCACUGUAUAGAUGAUUGCAUUUAAGCAACAUAAUAUAUCAAAAUAUGUGGUUCAUGAAGUUGACAGUCCUCAAUAAUGGUUUCAGCCUACAAAAACUAUUACUAGCUGACUGGGGAUGUGAGUACGAAUUGCUGCCAUCCAACCCCACCCCAGUUGGAGAGCGCAGCCUGAAGCACAGAGCCCACUCUGCGCAUGGAGGCUCCCGACAUGCAGUGACUAGAUCCCUGCAGAACUGGGGCUCUAAGCAUGUGGGGAGCCUCCGUGAAUGAAAUAGGGGCUCUCCUUCAGACUUCACCUUAAGUUCAUUUGUCCCCUGCUCACUGUGCUCACGUGUAGGAUUUACCUGCAAGUGGAACAAUUGGGUUUUUAAAAUCUGCGUACAGCAUCUAAAAAACUUCUUCAUCAUCAAGAUGUAGUAUGCACAUGAAUUAUAAAUUCUGUCAGGACUGAAAUAAUCUGUUUAACUAAUUAGUCAUGUUUUUAUUUACAGAACUCUGUAUUCAGCAAUUUGCACUGAAAUGGCAUCUCGGGGUUUUGUUGUUGCUGCUGUUGAGCACAGGUAUGCUGACUACACAUCUUGAGUUUUGUAUUAGCUGAAGAAGAAGCAUGUACACAAAUAUCUGAUUAAGUACUAACUAGAAACACAGUAAAUAAAGAAGAUGGAUGGACUAGAUUUAGAAAGUAGAAAAUAGGCACUUUAGAAUUAGAUUUUAGAAAGCUUAAUUUUACUGCACAGACUUUCUUUUUCUUUGGGGGUGUUGAAUGAUACUCAGAGGUGUGGACAGUAUGACAUCAGAACUGGACAUCUUCAUGGAUCUUUUAGGAAUGAGUGGCACUCGUUAUUUGAGUAUUAUUCUCCAAAACGGUUGGCCUAAUCACUCCUGGUCAACAGCAGCAGGGGCAUGCAUGUUUGCCUCAAGUGUGAUGAGUUGACUUAUGGCCUAUAGAUCUAAUUUGUUUGUUUUUUAACUGGAACCUCAGGAUCUACCAGUGAGAGCCAGGUGCCUUUGAGCAUAUUCUGAGCCUGGGAUUUAUAUUCAGUAGCCAGACUGAACUGAGCUCACUCUCAUUUCACAUAGAUGUCCACUCCUUGUUAGCUUUCCUUAUUUCAGAAGCCUAAUUUAGGUGGGGACAGUUGCUUGGGAGUCAAAACUCCAUCCCUAUAUCCUCCAGAGGUCUACCAGUGUGUCCCAAUCUGUCCUCUGACCACCACUGCCCUACACUGGCUGGCAGCAGCUCUUCAAGGUUUCAGAGAGAAGCCUUUCCCAGCCCUGCCUGGAGUUGCCAGAGAUUGAACAGGGGACCUUCUGCAUGCAAAGUAGAAUAACAACCAUUUUUAAUAGAAGUUUCCUUCAGUACUAUCAUUCUUCAAGGUAAAUUGUGAAUUGGUUUUUCAGUAUUUCUACUUGAACAUAAAGGCAGAAUAUGGUGCUUGAGAGGAAAGGAGUGCAGCUAUCUCAAAAGGGAGGUCCAGGGGCUUCAGAACAGCAUUUUUCUUUUUAUUAGAGACCAGUCAUCUUCAGCUACAUAUUACCUUAAUGAGAAACCUGCUUUAGGAGCAAAGGGAGAAGCCUCAGAACUGCACAAGGAGUGGAUCUAUUACAGGAAAUUAAAAGCAGGUGAAGAUGAAGUUGCUUUACGUCAACAACAGGUAUUUGUUUGAAGAAGUCCUCUAUCUUGGAGCAGUGUGCUUUUGUGGCAGUAGAGAGUUCUCAAGAAGGUUGCAGAUGACAUGAGAGAAUCAUUGGCUGUGGUGAUUAUGUUUGCUUCCCUUGUCCUGGAAAAGGACAAGCUCCUUUUCCAGGUUUUUUUUUUUAGCAUUUUAAAAAGGGAAAUGUGAACUUACGUUAAAUGGGGUCUCUGGGGUUUGGGAUAGAGCAGUCUUGGAAGCACUUCCUUUUGGUUGAAAGGCAGGGCUCUCUGGUAAUAAUUUACCCCAGAGGAAGGAACCUUUCCACAGAUCCCAGAGCAAUUCCAGGGCUUUUUUUUUCUUGGGGGGGGGGGUACUCAUUAGUCCUAGAAAGUGAAAAUCAUGUAAGAAAAACAAGAACAAAAACCAGCCGUGUAAGUGCAGUAAGUGGUGCGCACUGGAUAGAAGGAAACAGGAGGAGGUUCUUCUGGAUUCAGAAUAUCUGAGUUGGAUGCUGAGAAAUUCAUAUAUCCAAGAACAAGUCAGAGGCCGUGGACUCUUGCUUCUGCCUCUGAAUGUCAGGUUCUUUUCUUAUAAAAUAGGGUGGUGGGAAGAGUGCCCCACUCGAGACCCCAUGAGAAGAGAAAUUUAAAUCAAGCUCAAGGGUUCAUUUCCACAGCAGUUCUAGAGGGGUGACAGUCAUUAUUUUUGGGAUUUUUUUAAAAAGCACCCCACAUCCACCCAGGGAGACUAUAAUCUUUCAUUUGCUAGAUAUAACCUUUUGGAGGAUGUGGAGAAUCCUGUGAACUGUAGUUUGUUUAGGGCGCUGGGAAUUGUAGCUCUGCAAGGUCAGUUCCCAGGACUCUCCGUGACUGAUGAAGUGGCAUUAUACAUGAAAAAGUGUCAUAUUUCUUUUCAUGUAUGGUGUGCAUGUGACCUAAUUGUGAGGUUCUGGGACUAAUGGAAACUAGAUUGGAAGUACUGUACUUCUGCGGAGUGACCUGACACUUGCAGUUCUAAUGUCAAUUAACAAAGUCUACUGUUUCUACAGAUGAAGUCCAGUACUUGGUUUAAAAAAGAUUUUGACCACAUUUCUUAGGUUCUGUUGAUGUCAGACCAUAGAUUCAUAGGAAAUUUCCUCUGCUUAUCAAAUCAGCGUCUUGGUGCAUUGGCUGUUUUAAGUCCAAAAGGAUAAUGAUUUAUGUUUGCUUUUGUGUAGGUGCAACAAAGAGCUGAUGAGUGUGUUAGAGCCCUUGACCUCAUGCUUGAUAUUAAUUCCGGAAAACAAAUAGUGAAUGUGCUGCCAUUGAACUUUAACUGGAUGCUUUUAAAGGUAAAGAAACUUGUGGGCUCCUAAUACAAAUUGAGUAACUACAUGGGCUAAGCUGUUCGCUACAGACUUUCCAAUUUCUUUCUUUGUGUUGUUUGCUACACUUCCCAGCUGUUGAAACAUGGCGGAACUGCCUUUGUACAUGGCACAAAUGUUCAUUUUUUCAGUCUGCAAUGAAGCUGGUUUUGUAGAGCUCUUCAGCAGUGUGUCAAGUAAUACCCAGAAGCUGAAACUAGUGCUAGCAGUUCAGCCACCACCACAAGAGAGCUGUGUUGUGUUUUGAGGUGACUGUCAGAGGCACCUACUGGUUUUUGCUCCUUUUAAGUAUGGUGAUUCACUCCUCUUUUCAGUUACCAACUCUCGGUGCCCUAUAAAGAGAAGUGCAGUGCUGCCUGCAGUCCCACCAUUGAAGAUUCUUUCUUGACUUUCCCUUAGGAAUGAAGACUAAAAGCUGGUUAUUGACUCACUAUCCUCCUCACAUAGGUAAAAGGUAAAGGGUCCAUUAGGUCCAGUCGUGGCCGACUCUGGGGUUGCGGCGCUCAUCUCGCUUUAGUGGCCGAGGGAGCUGUUUGUCCACAGACAGCUUCCAGGUCAUGUGGCCAGCAUGACUAAGCUGCUUCUGGCGCACCAGAGCAGCACACGGAAACGCCGUUUACCUUCCCGCCAGAGCGGUACCUAUUUAUCUACUUGCACUUUGAGGUGCUUUCGAACUGCUAGGUUGGCAGGAGCAGGGACCGAGCAACGGGAGCUCACCCCGUCACGGGGAUUCAAACCGCCGACCUUCUGAUUGGCAAGUCUUAGGCUCUGUGGUUUAACCCACAGCGCCACCCGUGUCCUCCUCACAUACCUUUGUACAAAUACCAGGGUACUAAUACCUCAUGAUCAGUGCCAUAGCAGUUAAGGGAAACUGCUCCCAUUGUUUCCCAGAAAUUAUAAUCUAUAAUCAGCUUUAAUAGGGUCAGAGCCAGCUCCCGGCAGGAGUCACCAUUCUGAGACCCCAUGAUUUGCCAAGGGGGUGGAGGCAGAACUGAAGGGGGACUGGACAGGCUCAUCUUCUUCUGCAGGCAAGAUUCCAGAUGUUGUUGGACUUCAGUUCUUCUUCUUCUUCUGAUGAUGAUGAUGAUGAUGAUGAUGUUGUUGUUGUUACUAAAUUUAUAUUCAACACUUCAUCAUAAGAUCCCAGGGCGGUUCCCAGAAUAAAAUACAAGAUAAAAACACAAGUAAAUAAUUAAAACAAAACAGUGAAACAAUAACACCCCCCUUCCCACAGCCACAUAUUAAAAAAGGCUGUACAAUAUUAAUCAGCCAAAGGUCUGGUUGAAAAGGAACAUUGGGCAUUUAAGAGUUGCAUGUAUUAGCCUCCUGGUUUCUGUAGGUCUAAGCAUGUUUAAGUCUGUCUUGGACUGAGUGCGUUCAGUUAGUCCCAGCCAGAUGGGCGGGGUAUAAGGAAUAAAUUAUUAAUUAUUAUUAUUAUUAUUAACCAGCUAGAAGAGCAACAGUUUCUCUUAUCUUUUGUAUUUUUAGGAUUCUAUUGAUGUACAGAAAAUAGCUGUGAUGGGACACUCUUUUGGUGCUGCUACAACUAUUGAGGCUCUUAGCAAAAAUGUCCAGUUCAAGUAAGAACUGUCAUCUUAAAAGCCUGUGAAUGUAUUCUGAUCCCCACCCCCUGCAUUAACAACCGAACUCUGUUCAAAAGGUAGGGCUUAACCCUGUGGCACCAAGAGCACACACUGGAAGCGCUAAUGGUGACAUGUGCCAUAGCAUCUGGUAAAAUCUGUGUAAAAAGCCAUUAUGGAACUUAAGAACCGGUACCAGGAUUUAUAUCACUUUUAUUAUUGUGCAUCUUAAGAUUAUAAAACUGUGGGGAGAGGUUGUCUUGUUUUUUAUAUCACUUCAGUGCUUAGAAGAUUGAAGGCACUUUAUAAAAUAAAAACACAACUACUAAUACUGGGAGGAAUUCAGUGAUGCGCUCUUCUGAUGGUUCUGUAGUGCAAGCAUUUCAGUUUGCCAGACAGAACAAUCCCUCUCCCCCCCCCCCCGCAUAUUGUUCCCAGGGUUCUUCUGACUGCCCCCCACCCUGGCUGCAGGGCCAAUUUCGAGGGGCACAUAGAGGGAGGAGGAAGCCCUGUUGAAUAAGCAGAAGCCCCUGUACAGAGCUUUCAUGGAUAGGACUCAUUUUAAAAAAAUUAAAAAUUUAUUUAUAUCCCGCCCUCCCCAGCCGAAGCCGGGCUCAGGGCGGCUAACAACAAUAAAAUAGUACAAGAUUCUAAAAACAUUUCAUUAUAAAAAUUAAUUAAAAUCAAAUUGUUGGCAACCAUCAAGCUAAAGUUCUGUGGAGAUUGCCAAAGGAGGGAGUCAGGCUGCACCCUGACCAAAGGCCUGGUGGGACAGCUCUGUCUUGCAGGCCCUGCCGAAAGAUGUCAAGUCCCGCAGGGCCCUAGUCUCUUGUGACAGAGCGUUCCACCAGAUUAGAGCCGCAGCCAAAAAAGCCCUGGCUCUAGUUGAGGCCAGCCUAGCCUCUCUGUGGCCUGGGUUCUUCAGGAUGAUUUUAUUUGAAGACCGUAAGUUCCUCUGUGGGACAUACCAGGAGAGGCGGUCCCGUAGGUACGAGGAUCCUAGGCCGUAUAGGGCUUUAAAGGUUAAAACCAGCACCUUAAACCUGAUCCUGUACUCCACCGGGAGCCAGUGCAGCUGGUAUAGUACCAGGUGAAUGUGAUCUUGCAGUGAAAGCCCCGUUAGGAGUCUCGCCGCGGCAUUCUGCACCCGCUGGAGUUUCUGGGUCAGUCUCAAGGGCAGCCCCACGUAGAGCGAGUUACAAUAAUCCAGUCUGGAGGUGACCGUUGCGUGGAUCACAGUGGCUAGGUCGGGGCAAGAGAGGUAAGGAGCCAACUGCUUAGCUUGGCGGAGAUGAAAAAAUGCCGCCUUUGUUAUAGCUGUAAUCUGCACCUCCAUGGAGAGGGAGGUAUCGAAGAUUACACCCAAACUCUUAAUGGACGGUGCUGGCACUAAUUGCGCCCCUGCAAGAGAUGGGAGUUGCCCCCCCAACCCCAUAUCGUCCCGACCCAGCCAAAGGACCUCUGUCUUCGAAGGAUUUAACUUCAACCGGUUCCCACGUAACCAUCCAGCCACAGCUUCCAAACAUCUGAUCAGUGUGUCUGGGGCCGAGUCAGGAUGGCCAUCCAUCAACAGAUAGAGUUGGGUGUCAUCAGCAUACUGAUGGCAACCCAACCCAAAACUCCGGACAAGCUGGGCGAGGGGGCGCAUAAAGAUGUUAAAAAGCAUCGGGGAGAGUAUCGCACCCUGAGGCACUCCACACACCAAGGAGUGGCGCAAUGACAAUUCUCCCCCAAGCGCCACCCUCUGUCCCCGACCAGAGAGAAACGAGCGCAGCCAUUGAAGGAAUGUGCCCUGGAUCCCCACGUCGGCAAGGCGGUGGUCCAGGAGUUCGUGAUCAACCAUGUCGAAGACUGCUGACAGGUCAUGAGUUGAAUCCCACUCAUUGGAACAAGAUGUGGCUUUGAACAGAACAUCUUCCUAAAGCUUGUAUUUGUAACAUCUCUGAGAAACCUGUGGAAAAGCUGAAUGAGGUGCAGUAUAUAUAGAACUAGUGUCCCACGUCCUCUGCAGAUCUCAGAAUAUAGUCUCACCAAAAGUAAAGAAUAGACCUUGUGCAACUAAUACCAACAUGCCCACACACUUGCACUUUCCCCCCCGUACAGAUGUGGCAUUGCCCUUGAUGCAUGGAUGCUACCCCUUUGUGAAGAAGUGUAUCCUAGAGUUCGUCAACCAUUGCUGUUUAUUAAUUCAGAAAAAUUCCAAUGGGCUUUAAACAUUCUAGAAAUAAAGAAACUUAACUACAAAGACACAGAGAGAAAAAUGAUCACUAUCAAGUAAGUGCUAAAUUGCAACAGUAUUAGUUUAUUUUCAGAGGAAUUGGAAUUGUCUGUGCAUGUUGUGAAGGCAGCAAGCUAUUGCAGGAAGAAAACAGCACUUUGCUAGAUCACAUAGCUGUUUCAUCUUCAAAUUCUAUUUCAGUCCUACCUGUCCUGUGGCAAAAUGGUUAUAUCAGACUAGCCCAUGCGACAAUGCAGCCUGUGACUAUCCAGGUUCUAGCAUGCCCUCCAAAAGAGCAGGAAGAACCAAGGUGCAGCCUCUUAGGGCUAAACUACAUGUGAUGUUAAAUGUAUAUUUGCAUUUAUAAUGCGCAGGUUCUUAAAAAUGUGAAUAGUUCUUAGCCCCCACCCCAAGAUUUAAGCAGUUUCCUGGAAAGAAAUCAAGUAUUUAUUUCCCUGCUGCAGCCCCAAGCAAAACUCUGAAGCUGCGUUGAGAGGAAAUUUUCACCCAUGGAGCAUUUUCUCCUCUCUAUAUAAAUAAAUGCUUCAGAUGAUGGGUUUUCAUCAGGACCACAAGGGCAGAGGAGAGGGAGAGAAAGACUUAAACUCUCCCUAUUUUUGCUUCUUUCCUAAUAAUGAUCAGUCCCCUGCUCCAGGUGUUACUAUUUGCUUUUAAAAAACCUGCAUGUUUCAAAAAACAGAACCAGCAAACUGGAGGGAAAGGGAAACUUUCUUCUGAAUGCAAAAUUUUGCAAGUUCUGAAGAUUCUCAGCACGACAGCAAAACCUAAAUAGUGGGCUCACCCUUCUCCUGUCCCUAGAAAAUGUUCAUGAAAAAGCUCCCAUCCACUUCAUUCUGUAUCCCAGUUUCUGUUGUGUCAGUCUGCAGCGACUUACAGAAAAGAAAGAGUAAAGAGUUUAAAGCAAAUCCUUUUCAGUAUCUGCCUGUCUCCAAAAAGGGCUACAUUGAUGAGCAACACAUAAGGGCAAAAAGAUACAGCAAAUUACUAAUCUGUAAUUUGGGACGCAUAUUCGCUUGAAUAAAAUGUUUUGAUUGGUGGGGCAAAGAUGUCAGGUGACCUGCUUUUGCACAGCACUGUGCAUUGCAACCCUAACUAUCAUCUGUAUGCAGCUGUAAUUGAUUAAAAUUUACCUUAUUAGCCUACUUAGAUUUAAUUGGGUGAGAAUCACAUGCAGUUGUGAUAAGAGGUGCUCCUUUGCCAUCCUAAGGAAAAAACCAUUAUGCUUUACUUUUAACAAAAAACUUAAUUUUUAAAGAUGUUGCUUAUAACUGUACAAUUACCCUUUUGUGGCUGUAAUCUAGUUGGGAAAUAUCUUUGCUAUUUGCAGAGGAACGGUACAUCAGAGUUUUCCAGACUUUACAUUUUUGACUGGCAACAUUGUUGGAAAGAUUUUUGGACUGAAGGGACAAUUAAAUCCUAAUACAGCCAUUGAUGUUAGCAACAAAGCUUCAUUAGCCUUCUUACAGAAACAUUUAGGUAAGUUACUACAUUUGCUACAUGAUUUUUAUAUGUGAUUUGUUGUCUACCCCAUCCGAAUGGUAAUAUCUGAAAGUCAAAAGAUGGAAUUCAACAUCAAGCCAUGAUGAAUGUUCCAUCUGCACAAGUAUUUCAUCUUACCAGGCGGAAUGAUUCCGCCCCCCUGUGCACUGUUCUGAGGUCUCUCCUGAUCCCCAGCCCUCAUAAGACAUUUGGGGUGUCUGUGCAGGAGAAGGGGGGAGCCCCAUUGCAGAAUCUGAAAUCCUUGUGCAGGUGCUGAGGGGGCCUGUUAGCUGAACGUGUAAUUCCAUUCUCCUGAAGGGGAGAAUUGGGAUCCAUGAUGUGGGUUGUCUCCACCCAUCUCACCACUGGCAGGAAGUCUUGGGGGGAAAACCUGAGGAAUUCUUCAGGGGAGAGACGGGGAAAGCAUGGAUCUGUGCCUGGAAAGCACAGGGCAAAAAGUAAGUGUGGAGAAGCCCAUUUGGACUUCUUGCCCUUCUGGCUGUUCUAGCCAUUCUAUGCUAUUUAUUAAAAUGCUCAGCAGAUUGAAAAUUUAAAAUAAAUUUCAAUCCCCAACCUAACAUUGAUAAAAGUCCUAAAAUAACUGUCAGACAUCUAAAAGAAGAUCAGUUUUAAUAUAAUGCAACUCCAACAUGUCACAAAAGCUUGAUAUUAAAAGUAACACUGAUAUGUUAUUUCACCAUAUCUGAUUUUAAGCAUUCUUCUGCCCUGAGAUAUGUUUUCAUUUGAUUUACGCCUCUGUUCUGUAGGUCUCAAUAAAGAUUUUGACCAGUGGGACUCUCUCUUAGAAGGCAAAGGGCAUGAUGUCAUUCCAGGCACCAACAUUGAUCUACCUCCAAUGCCACCUCAGUCCAAACAAUAAAGACAGAAUGGAAAUUGUGGACCCUUUAACAAUUGACAAGGAGCUCUUGAUUGUUGACAGUGCUGUCUGCAAAUUGAGAGCUUGAAGAAUAGUUUUGUAACAUGAAGGCAACUGUGCAGCAAAUUAUAAUUGGUUUAUUGUUACAACAGCAGUAUAUGAAGGUGCCACCACUCUGCUAAUUUACUUUCCAGAGCCAAGAAAUAUACCAAGUAAACAUCAGUUAAUAAUGUGCC